AUGCAGGAUAUUACUGCUGCUUAUUCCAACACGCAUGGAAAACCAGUUCAGCAAGUGCUUCUGCUAACAGCACAAGUUAUUGCUUUGGAUAGAUAUGGAAAUCCGCAUACAUGUCGAGCUCUCUUGGAUAGUGGCUCGCAAAUCAACUUCAUCUCAGAGUCAAUGCUUGAUAGGCUACGAGUGCCGAAAGAAAAGACAAAUAUAUUAGUCAACGGAGUUAGCAAUAUCAAAUCCAAAGUACAACAUAAGGCAUGCGUUCAAGUAUGCUCUAAAUAUAGCAACUUCAAAUUCAAUUUGGAUUGCUUGGUUACUCGUGAAGUCACUGGUAUUCUACCAGCUUACGAGAUCGAUGUAGCUUCGUGGAAUAUUCCGUCAGGAACACAAUUGGCUGAUUCUUCAUUCUACAAACCUGGACAAAUAGAUUUACUGAUCGGAAUGGAGUGGUUCGAUGAUCUAAUUAAAUCCGAUCGAGUAAAACUUUUCAAGAAUUCGCCAACGUUAAUUGACUCGCAAUUGGGAUGGCUAAUUGGUGGAAAAGUUAAUAGCGAAUCUGUAUCUGGUUCUAUUUUUCAGUCACAUACAGUAACAUUAUCAACAAAGCAAUUAAGUCAACAGAUUCAUUAUUUUGAGAAUUUGGAAAACGUGGUCACUAAGCAAUAUGUGCCAAUCAAGACUGAUGAGUGCAAGGCUUACUCUCAGUCAACAUUUUGUCCCAAUUCAAGAAAGUUUAACAUAAUGGUGUCCAAGCUGGGCAAGCAGCCAGAAGUUAAUCGACAGUAUGAUAAAUUCAGGGAAAAGUAUGUACUUUUGGAACACUGCAAUGAGAUAAAUUUGAAACCAGAUGCUAGUGGUAUUUUAAAAUGGCAACAUUUGAUGCAAAACUUCAAAUUCGAAGAGAAGAAUGAUAAACAGUUUGGAACUUGUUUUAUGUAUAAUGAGGAUACGCUACAAGUGACACACAAGUAA